AGCUCAAGGCAUGGAACCCCAUGUGCCUCAUGUGAGCAUCUCCAUUUAUUGCAGUGUACCUCGACUGCAUUGAGGUUCAGGAAGCGUAGACAUUGAAGAUCAGAAAGGUGAGAUCGAUGAGCCUGUUUUCCAUUGCAUGCUAUUUGUUAGUGGAUUUUGCCGCAGCUUCCUACAAGGAAGUGCGGGCUCCUCCAUCUGUCCUCUUUGACGACGACCCGUGUGCAGAUGGCUCCAGCUCCAUUGGCAGCUUCCAAUGCGGCACUGCCCUUCUGCAAAGCAGCAACGGACGACGUGCACCUCGCCAGGUGCCGGGCAAGAAGGCAGCCCUGCAACAGACAGAGGCAGCAGCACUCUGGGCAGCUGUGUCGGAAUUGGCAGAGCUGGCGGCAUACAAUGCAAGCCUCAUGGGAGAGCUUCGCCUGAUGACUGGUCAUGCUGCGAAACAGAUGGAGGCCAAGGCGCCUCAUCUCCAACGUCAGCGGGACCAGCGCCUGAAGCUCCUGCAGGAGCAUUUGGAGAGCUUUGCUCUCUGCGACAAUGACCUUCGGAGCAGACAAGAAGCUGCUCAAAGGUUAAAUGCCACAUAUGUGGAAUGGAGCCUUGUGCACAAGGAAUGUGAACGCCAAGAACGCGAGCUGAAAGCUGAUCUCAGCAAAUGCACGGACCUGCUUGGCCAACAGCUCAGCAGUCCUGAGCCUGUCGCCACUGGAGGCCUUUCGCCUGCACGCGGUCCUCAGCAGAAGUGUGAAGAGGAAGAAAGGCGGCUGCAUAGGAAGCUGGCGGAGUGUUCGUCGUUGGCGCAAGUGAUGCAGUCGACUAGAUGCUCACGAGCAUCCCAGGUCGCAGGAAUUUGCGACAUGUACAAGGUGUGUCGCUCGGGCAUGUCGAUGGCGUAUGCGAAAGCACAGAAAGCUGCACAAGCCCAUCAUGACGCUCAAAAGGCGGAUUGGCUUGGACUGCAAGCUGUGCAGUGCCUCCAAGGAGUUUUGAGUGAAGGCGUGAAUUCGUCUCAGCUGGCGCUGGAGCUGGAGAACUGUCGCAAGGCCCCGGGGCCACCCAGCCAGGACCCUCCGCCAGCUUUGGAGUGCGUGGAGAUGGAAGAUAGCCCUUGCGUGGAGGAGACCGGAAUGGGCCAUCCUCGACCAGAUGGUGUUGAUGCUGAUUUGGCCAAGGAGGCCGCAGGUGGUGUGUCGUUGAUGCAAGAGGGCAUUGAGAUGGACGUAGUGCUCCCCCACACGAUGCAGCAGGCCUUCUUCGGGCCAUUGGCCACGCCGGUGUGCUUGAUGGUGACGGAGUUCACGGUGCUGAUGCUGAUCGUCAGGUGCUUGCUGACACUAAGAGAGAAGAGGGAGGUGGACGCUCCCAAAUCGGUGGAUGCAUGGUGCGUCAAUAGCCAAGAAGGCGCUGAUUCACCUGCGAAUGGUUGGCUUUGUGCCGAGCUCAUGGUGCCCCGACGGAGUAGGUGUGCUAUAUCCGUGCCGCGCAUGUGCCAGCAAUCAGGUUGGUCAGCCUUGGUAACAGACAAGAUGGGCCAAACUUUGUUUCGCGCAAGCACUGCGCAGGUGGAUGACGAGUUGCAGCUUAGCCUCAGUCGUUUGGACGGCAGUGUGCUUGCCUUGUGCCACAUGCAGCAGGAGAAGGAGACAGGGCGCCACUGCUGCCAUAUUUUCCAGGGCGGAAUCAGCCUAUUUGCCUCCAUGGCGUGGGAAGACGCGCAGGCCUCAUGGUUCUCGCGAGCUUCCGCGGAGGAAGGUGCCUUCGUCGUCCGCAGCGAAACCUCUCAGACUUUGAUGCGGGUCUCUGCAAGCAACGGAACGCCUCUAGUACUCCGAGACGGUCUCGGGAGACCCGUGGCUGAAGUGCAGAGGAGUGAGCACCCGGCCACCUUGCGCAUUGAGGUGAACUCCGAGAGCAGCACUGACCUGGGGCUGGUAACAGCAGCGGCGCUUUUCGUGGAUAGCUUGCAGAGUGCCUCUCUGUGACUCUGGCCUUGGCCUGCUCGGAAACUCGGUGGGCGGUUUGGCGGUUUGUGCGCUGCCGGGCUAGCGCACCCACUUUCCCCACGCCGAUGUCCAAGCGACGAUUUUCUCCAGCGGCAGGUAAAA